AUGCAGAAAUAUGAGAAACUGGAAAAAAUUGGAGAAGGUACAUAUGGAACUGUAUUUAAAGCAAAGAAUAGAGAAACUCUGGAAAUUGUUGCAUUAAAGAGGGUUCGCCUUGAUGAUGAUGAUGAGGGUGUGCCAAGCUCAGCUUUGAGAGAAAUAUGUUUGCUGAAAGAACUGAAGCAUAAAAAUGUUGUCAGAUUGCAUGAUGUGGUGCACAGUGAGAGAAAGCUGACUCUUGUCUUUGAGUACUGCGAUCAGGACUUGAAGAAAUAUUUUGAUGCUUGCAAUGGAGAGAUUGAUCCAGACAUUGUGAAGUCCUUUAUGUGCCAGCUGUUAAGAGGAAUAGCCUUCUGCCAUAGUAAUAAUGUUUUACAUAGAGAUCUGAAGCCACAGAAUCUCCUUAUAAAUAAGAAUGGAGAGCUGAAGCUGGCGGAUUUUGGUCUGGCGAGAGCAUUUGGUUUUCCUGUGAGGUUUUAUUCUGCUGAAGUUGUCACAUUAUGGUAUAGGCCACCUGAUGUUCUUUUUGGAGCCAAGAUGUAUUCUACGUCUAUCGAUAUGUGGUCAGCUGGCUGCAUUUUUGCUGAACUGGCAAAUGCUGGGCGACCUCUCUUUCCUGGUAACGAUGAUGAUGACCAGUUAAAAAGAAUAUUCAAACUUUUAGGCACCCCAACAGAAGAAACCUGGCCAGGCUUAACUCAGCUUCCAAAUUACAGGCCAUUCCCAAUGUACCAUGUUAGUACAACAUGGCAGCAAGUGGUUCCGAAGCUCAAUUCAAAAGGCAGAGAUCUCUUGCAGAAACUUCUGGUGUGCUACCCUGCCGACAGACUAUCAGCCGAGGACAGCCUGCAGCACCCAUACUUUGUUGAUGUGAAUCCAAGUGUCAAAUAG